UGCUGGUAACAAUGUUGCGAAAAGCAACGUCCCGGAUAUUCGAGAAUCAUUCCGACACGAGACGCUUAUCGGGGAGUAUGCGAGAUAGGGCAGUACAAAUCUAGCUAAUGUACCACCCACUCAUCAGGAUUGAGCGGUAUUCAGCGCCGAAUACUGAUGACGGAAUGGCACCAAUAGGUGGCUAUGGAUCGCCUGCCGCAUCUACGCAAAAACCGUAUCCAGCGGAUCAAGUUAAGUGUCAGUAUGCAGCUGCCUCGCGGACAGACAAGGUUUCUCACUUGCACUAUAGUUACGCCCGGGGAACCAAGCCCUCCAGUGGGCUCCUUAGCCCGUUCGGACACCGACGCACCUAAAUACCCAUCCAUU